AUGGCGCGUCCAACUGGCCUCAUUGCCACAAAGGGCAUCGAGCUCUUGACCUGGGGCACCCCCAACGGCCACAAGGCUAACAUCCUGCUGGAGGAGCUCAAGGAGGCAUACGGGCUCGAGUACACCUUCCAGGGCGUCAAUAUCUCGCAAAACGUCCAAAAGGAACCAUGGUUCACGGCCAUCAACCCCAAUGGCCGUAUCCCCGCCAUUGUGGACCAUGACAACAACGACCUGGCCGUGUUCGAGGGCAACGCCAUUCUUGGAUACUUGGCGCGUCGUUAUGAUACCAAGCACCUCUUCUCAUUCCCAGUCGAUUCGGACGACUACACACGUUCCGAAGCGUGGAUUGGCUGGCAGCACGGUGGUGUUGGUCCCAUGCAGGGCCAAGCCAACCACUUUGUGCGCUUCACCAAGGAAAAGAUUCCAUAUGCCAUGCAGCGCUACGUGGGAGAGACGGAGCGUCUCUAUGGUAUUCUCAACACCCGCCUGGCCGAUCGCGAUUACGUCGUUGGCCCUGGUCGCGGCAAGUACAGCAUCGCCGACAUUGCCUUGGUAGGCUGGGUCAACGGCCUGUCCUUUACCAGCACCUCGUACGACCAGUUCCCCAACGUCAAGGCGUGGCUGCUCCGGCUCUGGGACCGGCCUGCGGUGCAGAGGGGCUUCUCUCUUACUUCGGCUCCGUUUUAUGACCCGAGACAGGGCCUGAGCGAGGAGCAAGCUGCCAAGGUGGCCGAGGAUAAGAAACUUGUCGAUGCCGCGAAGGAGCAAUAUGGAUACAAGUACCAGUCUCCAUAG